AUGAAGGAUCGAUCAAGUCCCUCAAGUCCUGUGGCUGUUUGCCACAGUGAUAAAUCCUGCUGUAAGUAUAGGACGAUGUGUCCUAUUGGAAAUGGGAGUGGGGUCAUCUCUGAGUGCCCCGGUCACCCUGGGCCUGUGGGAGCCUGUCUCCUGACCCUGCCUGCGCCCCGGCUCGCCGGCGGUUUGAGCACUGAUGGGACAUUGCGGCGUUUUCGGGUCACGGAGGGGGAACCACAGUGUAUGGAGAAUGCUUGGUUCAGUGCCGGGGUCGAGGGCCAUAUGUCUUUUGUCUCCCUUUCCCUUUGA